AAUUCAAUGUGAUGACUUUGAAUCAACGUGAAAAACUGGAUUUGCAAAAAGUCAUCAAUGUAAGGGAAUUUUGUGGGGUUUUUUCACCCAAGUUUGAACCUAAAUCAGGGUGACAUUUUGUUGUUGAAUUCACGUUGAAAUCACGUUAGUUGACAACUCAACCAAAUGUAAAUCAAAACUAGACGUUGAACUGGUGUCUGUGCCCAGUGGGAUAUUUGUGGUUCUGGUGAGUUCCCGACAGAGAGAGACCAUGACAUCCUGACUAUACAGGAGAAGCAGCACGUGUGAAAGUACCUCUCGUACUCCCAGUGAGCGCUCCCAGCUGUCCCCCGGUACCACAUGCUGUCUGGCUGCUACUGGGGGUUCAACAAUAGCUCAGUCCUAUUGCCCCAGAGACCACAGCCGAGCAGAGUAGAGCACAGAGAAGCAGAGAGAGACCAUGACAUCCUGACUAUACAGGAGAAGCAGCACGUGUGAAAGUACCUCUCGUACUCCCAGUCAGCGCUCCCAGCUGUCCCCCAGUACCACAUGCUGUCUGGCUGCUACUGGGGGUUCAACAAUAGCUCAGUCCUAUUGCCCCAGAGACCACAGCCGAGCAGAGUAGAGCACAGAGAAGCAGAGAGAGACCAUGUUGGGAUAGGAUCUAGUCUGUUACAAGAUUACUCUGAGGCCCAGAGUAGAGCAGAACAGAGUAGAACAGACUAGAGAAGAGAAGAGCAGAGUAGAACAGGGAAGAGAACAGAGCAGGUUAGAGGACUCCAACUGCCGUUUGGUUGACAACACAACCCAGGUUAUAAAGAUAUAAACAGUCCUAUUAUUUAACCAAUGUGUUAUUUGAAGGUACACCCUCUUCUUGUUGGGAUUCUGGUUGUUUUAGCAGGUUCAGCCAGGUGUUCAGAAGAUGAGACACGUCUGGUUAAAACCCUGUUCACCGGCUAUAACAAGGUGGUCCGCCCUGUCAAUCACUUCAGAGAUCCGGUGGUGGUGACCGUAGGCUUGCAGCUCAUCCAGCUCAUUAGUGUGGAUGAAGUCAAUCAAAUUGUGACCAGUAAUGUGCGUCUGAAACAGAUAUGGGAGGACGUGAAUCUGAAGUGGAACCCUGAUGAUUAUAGUGGAAUUAAGAAGAUCAGAAUCCCUUCUACAGAUAUCUGGCGUCCUGACCUCGUGCUCUAUAACAAUGCAGAUGGAGACUUUGCAAUCGUCCAUGAGACCAAGGUGCUGCUGGAGCACACAGGUCUGAUCACCUGGAACCCUCCGGCCAUCUUUAAGAGCUACUGUGAGAUCAUUGUGCUUCACUUCCCCUUCGACCUGCAGAACUGCAGUAUGAAGCUGGGGACUUGGACCUACGACGGCAACCUGGUAGUGGUCAACCCGGACAACGACCGGCCUGACAUGAGUAACUUCAUGGAGAGUGGUGAGUGGGUGAUGCAGGACUAUAGGAGCUGGAAGCACUGGGUGUACUAUGCCUGCUGCCCUGACACGCCCUACCUGGACAUCACCUACCACUUCCUGAUGCUGAGGCUGCCUCUCUACUUCAUCGUCAACGUCAUCAUCCCCUGCAUGCUGUUCUCCUUCCUGACUGGACUGGUCUUCUACCUCCCCACUGACUCUGGUGAGAAGAUGACCCUGUCUAUCUCUGUCCUGCUGUCUCUCACUGUGUUUCUGCUGGUCAUCGUGGAGCUCAUCCCCUCCACCUCCAGUGCGGUGCCUCUCAUUGGGAAGUACAUGCUCUUCACCAUGGUCUUCGUCAUAGCCUCCAUCGUCAUCACCGUCAUCGUCAUCAACACACACCACCGCUCUCCCAGUACACACACAAUGCCCCAGUGGGUCCGCAAGAUUUUCAUCGACACCAUCCCCAAUUUUAUGUUCUUCUCGACUAUGAAGCGUCCAUCCAGGGACAGGCAGGAGAAGAGGAUUCACCCGGCUGACUUUGACAUCUCCGACAUCUCGGGCAAGCCUGCCCCUGCCUCUGUCACCUUCCAGUCCCCCAUCACCAAGAACCUGGACGUCCGCAGCGCCAUCGAGGGGGUCAAGUACAUCGCAGAGACCAUGAAGUCUGAUGAAGAGUCCAACAAUGCUGCUGAGGAGUGGAAGUUUGUAGCCAUGGUCCUGGAUCACAUCUUGCUGUGUGUGUUCAUGGCUGUGUGUAUCAUCGGCACCAUGGGAGUGUUCGCUGGACGCCUCAUUGAGCUGAGCAUGCAGGGCUAAAGGAGAGGCCUAGCCGGAGUCAUCGUGCUCUGGCCACACCCUGGUUCUCCUGCUCGCUCUGACACCUGUCUGCUGUGCCUCUACCCCGACUCAUCUGGAAAUGACAAUCAAUCGAUUGAUUGGAUCGUUGAUUGAAUGUAACUGGUCCAGUGAGGUGUUGUUAUUGUUAGCUUAUUUAGUGCAUGGAGAUUACAGUUGAAAAUAUGGACAUUCACGGCACUCGGUGUUGAGAAGGUGUCCCGCUGUCAGCUGUCUAUGACUUGAUGGAUCGUGUUUAAGGAACGAUGGUUAACCUACCUAACGAGAUGAUUCCUUUAUUUCUAACCAUCCUUCCUCACGUGGAACGAAGGAUGCAGAGUAUGUUGGUUUAACAAACUCUGCAUAAUGGCUCUGAUUGGGAGCACUCUGGCACUCUUAUGGCACUGUGGAUGAGGGAGGUCACAUUUUUAUUCUUUAUAUUUUACCUUUAUUUAACUAGGCAAGUCAGUUAAGAACAGGUUCUUAUUUUCAAUGACGGUCUAGGAACAGUGGGUUAACUGCCUGUUCAGGGGCAGAACAGCUCAGGGAUUUGAACUUGCAACCUUUCGGUUACUAGUCCAACGCUCUAACCACUAGGCUACCCUGCCGCCACAUUAUGGCACUGUGGAUGGGGGAGGUCACAUUAUGGCACUGUGGAUGGGGGAGGUCACAUUAUGGCACUGUGGAUGAGGGAGGUCACAUUAUGGCACUGUGGAUGAGGGAGGUCACAUUAUGGCACUGUGGAUGAGGGAGGUCACAUUAUGGUACUGUGGAUGAGGGAGAUCACAUUAUGGCACUGUGGAUGAGGGAGGUCACAUUAUGGCACUGUGGAUGGGGGAGGUCACAUUAUGGCACUGUGGAUGAGGGAGGUCACAUUAUGGCACUGUGGAUGAGGGAGGUCACAUUAUGGCACUGUGGAUGAGGGAGGUCACAUUAUGGCACUGUGGAUGAGGGAGGUCACAUUAUGGUACUGUGGAUGAGGGAGGUCACAUUAUGGCACUGUGGAUGAGGGAGGUCACAUUAUGGUACUGUGGAUGAGGGAGGUCACAUUAUGGCACUGUGGAUGAGGGAGGUCACAUUAUGGCACUGUGGAUGAGGGAGGUCACAUUAUGGCACUGUGGAUGAGGGAGGUCACAUUAUGGCACUGUGGAUGAGGGAGAUCACAUUAUGGUACUGUGGAUGAGGGAGAUCACAUUAUGGUACUGUGGAUGAGGGAGAUCACAUUAUGGUACUGUGGAUGAGGGAGGUCACAUUAUGGCACUGUGGAUGAGGGAGGUCACAUUAUGGCACUGUGGAUGAGGGAGGUCACAUUAUGGCACUGUGGAUGAGGGAGGUCACAUUAUGGCACUGUGGAUGAGGGAGGUCACAUUAUGGCACUGUGGAUGAGGGAGAUCACAUUAUGGUACUGUGGAUGAGGGAGGUCACAUUAUGGCACUGUGGAUGAGGGAGAUCACAUUAUGGUACUGUGGAUGAGGGAGGUCACAUUAUGGUACUGUGGAUGAGGGAGGUCACAUUAUGGUACUGUGGAUGAGGGAGGUCACAUUAUGGUACUGUGGAUGACGGAGAUCACAAGCAGCUGGUAGUGCAUCUCGCCUUUGUUGCAUGAUCAUUAUUGACGAUCAGAAGAUCAGUUUGAAUGAGUUUCUCAACGUUGAUUUAGAAGUGGUCCUGUCUUGUGGAUGGGCUGUUGCUUAUUCAAUAAAGAUGACAGUGCAGGGGCUGCUGGGAAACUACAUGUUUUAUCUUGUCCGAUGUUAGGGUUUUCUCUCCUCCUUCUGCCAAAUGUCAUCAUGGUUCUAUUUUUAGAUUUGGUUAGAUGUAAAAAAUAAAAUCUACUUCCAGAUAAGCCUG